UAAUCAGUGUUCAGUUUAUAGUCACCACUCAGACGCUCAGUUCGAUUUUCGCCUGUCGACUACAAUUAUUAUUGUUACUGUCGAGUGCUCACACUUCACAGCGUCAGUCGUAUGAGUGGAAUAUUCCUGGUUUUUCGACUUCUCAGUUCUUAACUCUCGUUGAUUAGAGUUACGUUCCAUACUAUACUGUUGUAGUCUGUGGAGUGUGCACUGUGCACUCUUUAAAGUAUUUAACGACUAUAAUUCAUAGGAAUUUUAAAAUUAAAUAGGUAUUUUAACUUAUUUUAAUAUAAUUGUUGGUUAUUAAACCUAGUUAAAAAUGAUUGAACAAAUUAGUGAAGUUCAAGUAUUAGAUACUUGUCAGACAGUAGUAAGUCAAUCUAAAGAUGUGAAAAUUAUUUCUUCAAACAUUCCAAAAUUGGCUCUAAAGAUAUAUAAAUUAAUAGAAGAAGAAAAGUUAACUCUUGAUGAGUUUAAAAAAUGUCCAUUACAUCCAAAAAAUGAAGACGAAGAAGCAAUUAACUGGAUAUUUAUUGUUGAUUCUUUAAACUUUUGUUUUUUUGAUCCAAACAAUAAAUCACACUGGACUGUUACUUGGAAAAAUGAAAAAUACACAGGCUAUUUUGGUUUGUGUGCUGCCAUCAAUAGAGCUAUAGAAAAAGGGAUAAAAAUGACUGAUAUGAAAACUUGUUCGAAAUUAACAAGAGACCAAUUGGAUGAAAUACUUUUAGGAGAUGAUGGAACAACUCUUCCACUAUUAGAAGAAAGGUAUCUGUGUUUACAACAAUCUGCAAAUAAUUUACUAAUAAAAUAUAAAGGAAAUUUUGUGAACUGUAUAUUAGAAGCAAAUCAUUCUGCUCAGGAUUUGUUAAAAAUCAUUUCUAAAAACUUUUGUCAUUUCCGAGAUGAAUCCAUUUAUAACAACGAAAAAGUUGCUAUUUAUAAAAGAGCUCAAAUUUUGAUUGCUGAUAUUUGGUCAUCAUUCAGGGGUACUGGUUUUGGCAAAUUUCAUGACAUAGAUACUAUAACCAUGUUUGCAGAUUAUAGGGUCCCUCAAGUUCUAUUAUACUUUGGUGUUUUGGAAUAUUCAGAUAAAUUAAAAGAUACUCUCAAACAAGGUAUUCUUCUUAAGCAUGGAGCACCAGAAGAAGUGGAAAUUAGAGCAGCUUCUAUCGUUGCAGUUGAUGAAAUUGUAAAUGAGGUGAAGAAAUUAAUGGCUAAAAAUAAUAUGCACAAGACUUGUAAUUCUAUUAUGGUUGAUACUUAUUUAUGGGGUUACCGGAGAGAAAAUGCUGCAAUUUUGGAAGACACGCCAUAUCACAAGACAUUAAAUAUUUAUUAUUAAAAUUAUGUAAUGAGUAAAUGCUCUAUAAAAAUUGUUUGUACAUUUUCAUUGUUAAAAUAAGUCAAAUAUAUUAUUUGGAGUUUUUAUAAAUUG